CUGGCAAAACUCAAGGACCUGUUGGUGUUCAACACCCAUCACCUGAUAAUAUUCCUCAUGCAACUGCUAUCGCUGCAACUACUCAUAAUUCUUCACCUGUAAAGGAGAGUUCCUUAGUACAUGAAGCGGAACUGAAUGAUGAAAAAACUGUGGAUUCUGACGCACAACCAGCUGAUCUAAAUACUACAUCUACUCCUUCUAC